AUGGGCCCAGCGCGAGCGCUUUGGUCGCCGAUCUCAAAACGGGAUGCGAAGCGGUACCAUCUCCUGCUGUUGCCGGCUUCAUCGCUGAUCGCCUACUCUUUUGCCACGGCUGAAAGUUUGUGUCGAAGUGAUGGCGGUCACUUGACUUCGAUCCAUUCCGCCUUCGAAAACAACCUCAUCAUAGCGUCGGCCAAAAGAGUGCGGGAUUCGGGGAGGAUGUGGCUGGGACUGAAACUUCCCGAUCCGACAUCAACAACGUGGAGUUGCCCGUCGGGCUGGCAGUACUUUUCUGACACAAACCAGUGCUACUAUGCCGGAACAGAGGGCGGCAGUUACAAAUAUGCUAGGCUAUACUGUCAAAAGACCCCCGGGGGAGACCUGGCCUCGAUCCACAGCGAGAUGGAAGCCCAGUUUGUCGCCCGAAAAGUGGCCUGGCACGACUGCGGAGAGGGUCCCUAUGGAAAAAAGUAUGGCGAGGCACUUCUGGGAGGCGUCUUUUGGAACGGAAAGAUAUCGUCGUGGUCGGAUGGCAGCCCCGUCGACUAUAGCUAUUACGUCUGGAGGCAACACGAUGGUGUGCUGCUGGUGAGUGCGGCCGCGACGCAUGACCUUUCGCUCCGGUUU